AUGGCGGUGCUUCACAUUUUUAUUAAACCAAAAACAAUUUACGAUUGUACGAUUUUCAUCUGCUCUCUCCAGUUCUUCUUGUGCUGUAACGGAUUUUGGAGGCGUAACGGUCGUUACAUAAUGACCAAAGGCAGUCGAAUCUACACAUUUGUCGCGCCUAUAGUUUACGUGCUUGGCGCUGCUUACACUAUUUACAAUAAACUAACAGAUCCCUAUCAAAAGGAGCGUACUUUCAGUCUCGAUAGUUUAUUGCUAUCCAUAAUAUUUUCGGAAAUCUUUAUGUCGUCUUUAGUUUUUUUUAUCUCAGUAUUUUCCCUACAGUAUCACAGUAAGAGACAUUUACAUAUAUACGAACGGCUACAGACAAUUGAUGAAUAUUUUAUUAAAGAGUUUGGUGCCAAUAUGAAUUAUCACAAACUACUGAGAAAAGUUAUAGUGGUGAUGACAUUAUCUUCCAUUGUGUACUUAGGAGCAGUUCUAUGGGCAACACUUCAACUAUCCAAUAAUGAUUUUAUACUAAUGUUUAUGGGUGCUAUGUGUUAUUGUUUAAUAACUGGUAGCAUUAAUUUUAAUGGUUAUGCUCAUAUGAAUUUAGCCGAAAUUAUCAAAAUUCGCUGUCGGUUAUUACAGAAGAUUUUGAAUAGAGAGUUUAUAGAUUACAAGUUUCCGGAAAGCAAUUUACGAGAGUUACGCUUACAAAGAGCAGUGGAGAUAUGGAAAGAGCUACAACAAAUAAUACGUGAGAUAAAUAGAGUGUACACAUUAUCAUUACUUUUUACUUUGGCACAUGACUUCAUGUUGACAACGAGUGAAUUAUAUAUGGUGUUUGGAAGAACUAUUGCCGGUCAAAAUACUAGUUAUUAUUUACUCAGUUAUGUGGUCAUGGUGAUGCUACCUCCACUCUACAAGAUGAUAAUGGCGCCCAUUUAUUGUGAGGAAACAAUAAAAGAGAGUACAAAAUGUGUACGUCUCAUAGAGCAAUUAAACUCCUGGUAUCCUAAAAGUGUAAAAAUACGAAAUUUGGUUGAAACACUUAUGAUGUGGCGUUUGGACAAUAAUGUCGAAUUCAAUUGCGGUUUUAAUCUGACCAUACGGCGUACUAUCAUAACAACGGUUACAUCAGUGGUUUUUAACUAUCUUCUUAUUUUGAUACAGUUUCGGAUGACACAAGAUAUGGGCGAUAAUAUGGAGCAACAGAAAAACUUACUACGUGAAUGGGCUAAUCAAGGACCCGAUUUUCUAUAUUAA